AUGCGUGCGCACGAGCGCAUUGACAGAUCCCCCGAAGGCUUCGUGCACAGCGGCCCCGCGCCCGCGCAGCACACACUGACCUUGCAUCUUGGGCUCGCCCAGGGCAAUUUCAAAGUCCUCGAGGACGCACUUUACGCAGUCAGCACACCAAGCAACCCGCGAUACGGACAGCACCUCACAAAAGAGGAGACCGAGGCAUUGAUUGCGCCCACGCCCGAGACUGUCGCUGCCGGCUCGCCCGCGGGCGACUAUAUCCGCGUCAACGCGACGAUCGCGCAGGCCAAAUUCGGAGCGACCGCCAUACGCACGCUGGAGUAUUCAACUCCCGCCGCCUUGAAGGACCAUGUCAACUUUAUUCACCCUACCGUCUCGUUUCCCGUGAGGAAUGUGAUGCGGUCCAUCAAGAAAACGACCCUGAAGAUGAAGUCCGACGUGUAUAUCAACUCGACAGUAAGGCCGGUGCCGGAGGUCUACAAUGGAACCGUUGCACCCUCUACUCUCCGGGCACAGUACGGAAUACCCGAUGCCCCCGCGACACAGGCCAUCAAAACAAUCAGUGUUUUUGAGUUUGGAAAUAGCUGGGCCAGCGAGGCGGACCUGAAACUUUUUCGUGCGGAUUUCCAGCCUGCUUCAUCGUCAUCGGGUACUUUCAAUGUCUAUAGCACAGACAGAAAUUCAGAUCCUACACGUCACGAUCACACAGUAGAAGCUAACCUUGGUGUCCGGUACACUGUUGGCCUUGCAUUGGGCAUCAAAUCUGCCUUCGUCUGUGGUGAAGACGACGUUGACGGAUUCUUAGCCGAGGCCUCCUUUCUCUUGGAACAGCCUCAUGCGCCUGGUCAUAACCACAUCACACGGUAUAAACAAGGAACACAUUUCGCCUACCCUUGCCAGGUUUAUGCAGUCUUGGACGCGCACGGCGCUUAUUUGCAUCUGGAAAUGGCAGUGUUUCAGGUGUUCGUGACCAAUACUGGGACGAAUUUCAACCAGUCUUCCCUGCAACUUGCCCCUUUGCGCAUUAGUGUAACCGCUGUUGGAGAUACCACGGGCACGAACCCUGAGGUAGCAGCUCCCUUCUCAUCAGGGGGCUUCUCCCGCUUGUUCGAUCGCCCAUUCACACAAGACAGCGCAGUCGGCGCUUAUUUAGAAGAACUUGGCAAAGCUUAUGAAGGAUUAUUUAAUCUAAACGGGCCCAAGGACAUCAUCAUCACAUUGAAGGGCGAAGCAAUUACCGUGGACGGAACUAGUGGCUCGAGCUCCAUCUUCGCCAGCAUCAUCGCUCUGCUAAACGACGAACGCACCGCUACAACGAAGCUGCCCCUUGGAUUUUUGAAUCCCAUGAUAUACGCGUUGCCGAGCAUAUUCAAUGAUAUAACAUCCGGUCACUGGCCUUGGGUCGCCGAAUUACACCGCCUUUGGAAUGUCGAUGAAUCAGUCAUUACUAUCGUUGCACCGGAGUUGCAAACGGGAUGGGAGGUUCAAAAUCGAGCUCCUCGCAGCAUUUUUUGA